AUGAAGUUGGACAACAUUAGAAGUGACACUGGAUUGCUUCAAUCAAACUGUGGAAAUCUCCUCCAAUCACAUGUUCAACAUGGACCAGUAAAAAGAGUGUGCUUCUCUUUCAAUGAAAACAUACAUGAGUCCACAUACUUCUCACUAGAUGGUGCAAGCUCAAAUAAUGUUAUAAUUCAGUCCAAUGAUGAGGACGCAAACGAAGAAAUUAAAAAGCUCAAACAACAAGUUACCAUUCAUGGACUUAAUCUGGUCCAGUUCGAGGAUAAAAUAGGACCAGAAUUUGGACAAAAAGGGUUUAAAUUUCGAAAAAAUAUAAGAGCUUAUAACUCCAUGUUUGCAUUCACAUCAAUGGGUGGCCGAGUUGAUACGUCUAUCAAUCAAUCAGCAGGUCCUUAUACUUUUCGAAUAAGUGGUCAGAAUUAUCAUCACAUUGGUUCUUUGUUGCCAGAAGUUGGGAAAAAACCACAGUUUGCUCAACUAUAUAUAUAUGACACUGAAAAUGAGAUAGGAAAUCGAAUGGAUACACUACUAAGACAUGGGAGGAAGACAGAGAUUGAACACGAAAUCGUUCAUGAAUUAUCUCAAAUGUUGGAUCAGCAUAAUAAUUUGGUCAAAUCCUUUAGAAUGGCAAGGGAUAGAUUCAAAGCACAACCAGAAUCUACGUUUCGUUUAUGCCUCCUAAGUAGCAGGACAACAUAUGGUCGUCAAUACAAUAUGCCAACAUCAUCUGAAGUAGCAGGCUUAAUAGUUGGUGAUUUUACUGAAGCGAACUUCGAACGUGACGUUAUUGUGGAGCACCGAACUAAAGGAAUUCAGAGAAUCACAGAUCUACAUCCAAGUUUCAUGUCUAUGACGUACCCAUUAAUACACCCUUAUGGUGAAGAUGGAUAUAGACUUGGCAUACCUUUGAGAGACAUGAUUAAAAGCUCUUUUAAAAGGCAAAAGUUGACAAUGAGGCAACAUUAUUGCUUUAGGUUGCAGCAAAGAUUAAAUGAGGGUCAUACUCUUCUUUGA